AUGGGGGGAGAAGUUAAGGUAGUGAUGCUUCCAUUUUUGGCUUUCGGCCAUCUUAUUCCCUUCCACCACCUGGCCACGGCGUUGGCCAAAGCCGGUGUCCACGUCAUCUUCGUUUCAACCCCAAACAAUAUCCGGAGACUCCCUAAGCUUCCCCAGGAAAUUGUCAAUAUGAUUGAAUUUAUCCAGUUUCCCUUGCCUGAAUCCCUUCUGGCGAGCUUCUUGAGCCUCGUAGCCGACCGGUCACCAAACUGGAUCAUCGCCGAUGUUAUUCCCCAUUGGGCUGCAGAUGUCGCUCGUGAUCUCGACAUCCCUCUCAUCCUUUUCAACGUGUCAUUGCCAGAAUCCUUCGAGGCGCCCCCGCGGUGGGUGGAUUUCCCCUCAUCUGUGGCUUUUCGGAAUCAUGAAGCCGUCGCUGUCCAUGCUGGACUUUAUGGUAAGAAUGCCUCUGGCAUUGCAGACGCCCAGCGGCUGGCCAAGUUACUCCAAGCGAGCCAGGCAAUCGCGGUCCGUAGCUGUAAAGAGAUUGAAAAUGAGUAUUUGAACCUAUACGUCAAGAUCACCAACAAGCCGGUCAUUCCGGGCUUGAACGCGCGGUUAUUGGUAGAUAAAGGGUUGGCAAUAGAGGUGGAGAGAGAGGAAGACGGGUCGUUCAACCGAAACGGUGUGGCACAAUGUCUUCGGCGAGCCAUGGAGGGGGCCGAGGGGGAGAGAUUGAAGGUUAGGGCAGAGGAAGCUGCCGCAAUUUUCAGUGAUCGGAAGUUGCAAGAUCAGUACGUUGCUGACUUCGUGGACUAUCUCAGAAAAGGGCCCAGGAAGUAA